UUGAGGGUUGAACAGGAACAGCAGCACAGAUUCAGAAAACCGGGCACGGGACACUAGAGAACACAAGACUGACAUUUGCUGAAGAUACAAGACGAAGAAAAGGGAUAAUAGUCUCAGUAGCAGCCAAACACGGCUCUCGAGUCUACUCAUCUCGUGUUGCCUUGUAAACGAGAACCUUAUCAAGAGUGGCAGGCUGCACGAUCAAAAAACAGGCACCUCAUCUUACCGUACAUUCAACUGCAAGAGAACAGUAUCCCUACGCAAAAAGGCCCCUGCUCUCGCUUUCAACCACCUCGCAGACAGUGAGAGCAAGAUAGGGAAAGGGAAACCAAUCACAAUACCUGGCCCCCGUCUCGUCCCUGACCGUUGGGAAUUUCGAAUCCGUCGAAUACUUCUCUUGUCUCAAUCCAGCUGUUGAGAACCUGAGCAUCUGUUCAAAGUGUGUGUGAGAGAGAGAGGUACCAAAAAAGACCCCUUCCCGCAGACAAGAAACAGAAAGAACCCUGUUUUCUCCCUCUGCUCGCCCGCGCGCCUGCGACCCCUGGAAACUUGGAAAGUUCCUCCCAGAAAGCGAGCGCCAAAAGAUCUCACGCCCCAAGGUCCCAAGGUCCCAAGGAAGCCGCAGCACCACCAACCGGCACACCCAGCCAGGCCCCAACCCACACCGCAGCAGCUGUACACCAAAUCUGACUGGUCCAAACGGGGGCGCCCCAGGGACCUGCCACCUACCAGCAACCACCUACUGCGUACCUUACUCCGUACCUACCUACCUCAGCCCGCUGGGCCAAGUCCAAGCCUCAAAUUCGGCAAAAGAGGCUACGUACGACGCUUCCUCUUCUCUUGGCCGCGCCGCCCCGGGGAAAGCUGACAACAACACUUCACCUAACCUCACCUCACCUCACCCAACCACUCCACCUUCAAACCUCGAAAACCAACAAUCCAGCAAUCCAGAGAGCUCGAUUCUCGCCAGACGACGGGUCUACAUCCACAUCAAAAGAAGUCAAUCAAUUCACCGAUCCUACCACAAUCCGAUCUCCCUUUGCUCCCGUGCUAUCGAUCCCAUCUCCGUGAGCUGGAAUUCGGACCAUCUCCACAAUAGCUCAGAAAGUCCACGUACGCCAACCUAAAAAGAAAAACGUUACCACCGCAAACCACACCACACUACCGCCAAGAUGACGCUCAAGGAGGAAUUCGCGACCAGAAACUUCAGUAAGUUAUUUUCUAAAUGGUUUCGCGCGCCUGGCGCUGUCUUUCGCAAAUUUGAACUUGAUGCUAACCUGUCACCACAGGCAUUUACGGCCAAUGGUAAGAGCUCCCCUGCUCAGCCCAUCAUCCCUCGCUCCCUCGCGCAAUGUUCCCCCUUCGAUUGCCCGUCUGCGGGGACACGAUCCGAGAUGAAUACUCCCCGUGGCAGGCUGCGAUUGCAGAAAACCUCUCUAGGAGAGCUUGUUUCGGCGCAAUACACUUUGCGAGGCAUAAUGGCUGACUCGAGAAUCAAUGCAGGCUGGGUGUCUUGUCGAUGAUCUUGUGCUUAGCACUGGGCAUCGCCAACAUCUUUACCAUCCAUCUCCUUCUCAUCAUCUUCUGCGCGCUCGCCCUGGCCUCUGCGCUGGUGAUCCUCUUCAUUGAGGUCCCUCUGUUGCUCCGAAUCUGCCCUACCUCGGCCACGUUCGAUGGCUUCAUCCGCAAGAUCUCGACCAACUACAUGCGCGCCGGCGCCUACGCCGGCAUGGCUGUCAUUCAGUUCCUCAGCACCAUCAUUGUCACCAGCAGUCUGAUCGCCGCUGGUGUGUUCCUGUCGCUGACGGCCAUCUGCUACCUUCUCGCCGCCGUCAAGGGCCAGGCCUUUGUCGGCAGCAAGACGCUUGGUGGCCAGGGUGUUGCCCAGAUGAUUGUCUAG